AUGCGUUUAUCAUUCUACGCAAGGUAUUUUCAAGUGGAAGGUGGAACCAGUCCCAGCUUUGGGAGGCCGCUCUGCCCCACUGCCAUACAGCCGCACAACGAAACAGGUAACGGUAGUGGUACCGCCAACGAGGACAGUACCACGGAGUUCGGGCAGCCCAACGCAGCCUCCUCGCCCAACGCCUGCCGCGGAACGGGGCCCAUCUGGGGCAUCUGCAGGCGGGUGAGGGCAUGGACGUGCUGGACGAUCGUGGGCGCAGCAAAAAAUUUCUUUGGCACCCUGAAGAAGCGGCUCAGCCGCUCCAAGACACGCACCCUCUCUGCAGAUCAGCCCAAUAGCAAUCACAAAUCACUAUCAGCCACCAACUCGAACUACGCCAAUACUACAACAACAUCGACAGGACUACCCCGAACCGCCACCGGAACCCUCAAUGAAUCCUCGGCCAUCUCAGGUUUCUCCUCGGCCAGCAAUAAGACCUACGUACACGAGGCCUCCACCUUGGUCCUGGAGACCAUCGAGAACGGCGUGAAGCGCCACUUUAUUGUGCCUUUGGCCAUUGCCCAGAGACCGCGCUGGCGCCGCAAGGGCACCAAGCUGCACAUCUACAAUGAUCACACCUUCAUAGCCAAGCAUUUGAGCGGAAGCGGCUUGCAGUGCUCGAUCUGCAUGAAGUCCAUACCUCGGAGGCCGGGCAAGCAGGGAUACGAGUGCCGCGACUGCCAGCUGAUCUGUCACAAGCAGUGUCACAUACGGGCGCCCCAGGCCUGUCCCAAUCCCACGGUGCUCUCCAUGGAACUAACCAAACUUAACUCGGCUGCGGCGGAUCGGAGUAUACGGAAACUGUAAAGAGGCCCCCAAUCCAUCGUCCAUCCCAGCUCCGACGCCGGGGACACUUAAUCGAAUUACUAUGCUUAGAGGGAGGAACACCGGGACACUUCGGCUAUCGAAAUCUUUGAUACAUUAUGUUAUUUAUUUAUACACACACACACACCCACGUGCAAUAAGUUCUUUGGUUUCGUUUUUAACCUUUCUCUGUGUCAACAAGUAGACCCCUUUGAUAUUUUGUAUUUUCUACAAACACGAAUAAUAAUUGUACAAAAUAAGAGCGAA